AAUAUAACUAUUGUCUACAUGACUUCAUUCUAUGAUAACUCGUCAAGCUCAUCAAAGCCAGUGCCACUAAAAACCAGUAGAGCUCAAAAAAUACAGAUAUUAAUUUUUGAUAACUGGAAGCUUAUUCUAUACGGAGCAAUUAGCACGUUAAUUCUUGUUUUAGCUAUUAUGUUUUCUACUCUAUUUUUUGCAUUGCCAGCAGCUAAUUGUGAUGAGAAUUCAGAACCUACAAAAUACUAUACAACUAAUGCUGAAAUUACAACAACUAUUACAACAACCAAUCAGAAAACAACCAGUACAGCAAGCUCCCAUCUGACUACCAUCAGCUCUUCUGCCACUCAGAUAUACUCUGAGUCGUCAUCUUCGUCAACAUCACAAUCGACAUUCACACAAUCACCGCCAGAAAUUUCAACCACCACAAUAGCCCCAUCGGAUUUCUCAUGCCAGCACGGCUUCACCCUAGUCAACAACAAGUGUUGGAAACUGGUAACUUCAAAUCAAGCAAGACCAGACGCCGACAAAAUUUGUAAUGGGUAUGGAGGUGCCACUCUUUUUUCCAUAAAAAGUGAACAGGACAACAGAGCAAUGAUACACUUUGUAAAAGGCCAGGACAUUGAUUUUCUGUGGUCGGGUCUGCUGUGUAGUGCUGGAGAACCCAUCUCAUGCAUAUGGGACAUCGAAAACGGAUCAACAGCGAAUUAUAGCAAUUUUGCAGAUGGUUUUCCAAAUAUUGUCUAUGGAAAUUGUGUGUACUUCAUAACUUCUGGGGAUGAAGCUGGGCAAUGGGGUAACGAACAAUGCGGUCAGGUUAUGAACUUCGUUUGCGAGCUUCCGGCAACUUUUCAAGGUAAAGAUGGAUGCAAGAACAAUUACGAGAAGUCAUGUUAUCUCCGCUUUGACUUGAAUCUCACAGUCCCACAGGCCCAGAACUUUUGCCUUGAGAAAUGUGCAAACCUGGUCUCCAUCCACUCGGCGAACGAAGUCCGCUUCAUCAUGACUAUCUACGAUUUUAUAGGCGAAAUAUUGAUCGGUGCACUUGCACCGGCCCAGGAUUUUAUUUAUUGGCUUGAUGGUACACCGGCAAAUUAUAACAACUUGAAAUUUUUCUAUAAUUCCACUUGUGUUCAUAUGACAGUUGCACCUGGAAUGCAGAAUGUUGGAAAAUGGUUUACUAGAUUUUGUACGGAAACGGGCAAAUUUUUGUGUAAGCGAUCAAUCAAGAAUUCGUGUACUUGA